UCAGCUUCUCCUAUCUCAACAUAGCCGCGUUGCAUACGCAGAUAGACAACAUGAAUUUCGGCAAAAUCAAGGUUGCCAUUGUAGGCGCAGGUCCUGCGGGCAUGACUGCACUGAAAGAGUUCAGGGACCUUGGCUUCGACGUUACGGUCUUUGAGAAACGAAGCGAUGUGGGCGGAGUCUGGGCUUGGACAGAGGACGCAGAGUCCACGACGGCUCUGAAGGAGACGAAGCUGUGCAAUAACAAGUACUCGCUUGCCUUGAGCGACUACGCCAUGCCCAAAGAUUUCCCAUGGACAGUCUCUGCCCCGGAGUUAGGCUCCUACUUCAGCGCUUACGCAAAACACUACGAUCUCUAUCCCAACAUCCACUUCAACAAGACUGUGACGAAACUCACAAGAGAUCACGCCAACCAGAAAUGGCAACUCAACUUCGCUGACAUUCCGUCCAACCCUCAAUCGUUUGAUAAAGUUGUCUGGGCGACCGGUGGUUUCGUAAAGCCAAAAGCUCUCACCCUUCCCGGCCAAGAAAGAUUCAAAGGCCGCAUCUUGCACUCCUCCCAAGGACGCGACCUCUCCGCAUUCAAGAACCAAAACGUCGUCGUCCUAGGCAUCGGCAACACAGCCGCCGAUGUCGCCAACGCACUCGUCCAACACUCCGCGGGCAAAAUCUACUUCUCGCACCGGCGUGGCGCCAGGGUUUUACGCCCUUCCGACGCAAAAACCGGAAUUCCCUCUGACGUGAUGCUAACCACCGGCCUGGUCCCCCUAACCUGGUUCCUGCAAAAGCACUGCCCCUCCGUCUACGGCUGGAUGAUGGACAGCGCUGUUGCGCAAAACUUCAAAGAAAACUGGGGCGCAAAUGAUCCCGCCUGGGGGCUCGCCCAAUCCCCCUCUAUGGGCGACGGCCAGCACGUCGUCGUCUGCACGCAGGACCUCGUGCCCAACAUCCAGGCUGGCCGCAUCCUCUCGGUGCCAGGCAUCAAGCGCAUCACGGGCGGGUCGACUGUUGAGUUCGACGACGGCCGCACAGCCACAGACGUCGACGCUAUUAUCCUCUGCAUCGGCUACACGGACGACAUGGACCUCGUCACUGAAGCAAUCGACAUGACAGCUGCAGAGGGCGACUCCCCGGCAUUGCCCAACAUGUACAUGAACAUUUUCCCGCCCACUUACGCAGACUCCUUCGCUCACAUCUCCCUCACGCACCUCCUCGGUCCCCAGAUCCCCGGCCGCGUCCUCGCCGCCCUCGCUCUCCCACAGAUAUGGGCCAACCGCUCCCCGCUCCCUCCUACCUCCGAGAUGAGAACCUGGAUAUCGCGCCACCAGUCUUGGCUCCGCACGCGCAUCGCAAAGGCAGGACCGAACGGGAACGGCUAUCAAGAGGUAGAUAAUGGGGAGUGGAGUCGUUUCCUGCACGACGCGGCGGGGACGGGGCUGUAUGAGCAUGUGGGGUGGGGCUGGAAGGCGUGGGGGCUGUGGUGGAGGGACAGAGAGUUGUAUCGGGCUGUGAGCGGGCUGCCGAUUUGUGCGUUUACGUAUAGAUUGUUUGAGACAGGGAAGAGAGGGGUGUGGAAUGGGGCUAGGGAGGCGGUGCUAGAGGCGUGGAAGGAUCUGGAGGUGUUGAAGAGUCAGGGGGUGAAGAAGGAAAGGUAGGGUUGAGCAUGGGUAGACGGACAGAGGCGUGUGUGCGAUGAGCGCUUGCGAGACUCAGGCGUCCAUGGUAAUACACAAGAUUCCAU